AUGGCAAGCUACCGCUUCCUCAUCCAGAAGCUGUGCGGAUCCUUCGAGGGCUGCGAGUUCCUCCACGUCCCGUGCGCGGAGAAUGAAGCAGCCGACACGCUCGCCAAGAUCGCCUCGUCACGACAAGCCAUCCCGUCCGACGUCUCCCUCGAGCACCUGCGCAAGCCAUCCGUCAAGCCAUCGCCGGACUCCGAGUCCAUCCACGUUCCAGACGACCCGUACGCACCUCAACCCGGCCCGAGGGCUGCUGAACCCGGCCCGGGGGCUGCUCAGCUCGACCCGGCCACCAUCGUCCCGGACCCGGCCGUCGCCAUCCCCAACCCAGGGGCUGCUCAACCCAGCUCGGGGGCUGCUGACUCGAAACCCACCCUGGUGGCCGUCUUCGCCGUGGUUGCGGCUCCAUCUUGGGCCCUCCCAAUAUCAGAAUUUUUGGAGAAUGGGGUUCUCCCCAUGGACGAGACCGAAGCCCGGCAAGUGCAGCGCUGGGAGUCCGCCUACAACAUCAUCAACAACGAGCUCUGGACAAAUUCACCAAAUGGAUCGAGGCAAGACCAAUCAAGAAACUGGAUGGGUAAACAGACGUCCGGUUCAUCAAGGACAUAG